AUGACGGCGCUCCAGCGGCUUGCAGCGCGGCAGCUCUCGCGCUUCUCGACUACAGCAGCAGCAGCAGCAGCAACUGCGACUGCAACGAACGACAGCCCCUCCGACUUGCUGCAGCUGCUGGUGCGCAACGCGGACGGCUCGCGCGCGUCUCGCCGGCUGCGCAAACAGGGCCUCCUGCCGGGUGUGCUCUACGGCGAGGGCGAGGACGGCGAGGAUGAGCGCGUGCUCGUGUCGUUCCCCACGCGCGCGUUCGAGCGCAUGCACCGCCAGCUCUGGACAUCCAUUGAGAACCAGGUGUUCCACGUGCAAGUGGACGGCCAGUCGCCGGUCAAAGCCUACAUGCGGGACGUGCAGCUCGAUCCCGUCACGGACGUGCCGUUGGCCGUCAACUUUCUGCGCUACAAACCCGGACGCACCGUGUCGAUCCCCAUCACGUACUUGAACGAAGAGAGCAGUCCCGGGCUCAAGCGCGGAGGCUUUAUCAACCACAUUUACCACGCGCUCGAGUGCACCGUGUCGACAGACGACGUGCCGACGACGUUGCAGGUCGACGUGAAUGGGCUGCACGUGGGGGACAAAGUGUACCUGGAGGCCAUUGCGUUCCCGGAUGGAGUCGAGCCGAACGUUCCAGAGGGGUCUCUGGUCGCAAAGAUUGCCGGUCGUCGGGGGCUCAUCCCGCGCGUGGAGCCGGUGGUCGAGGAAGUCGUCGAGCAGAAGGAGGUAGACGACGACGACGACGAGUUUGAUGACUGGAACGACAUUUUCUAG